AUGAAAAAGAAAAAAAAAUUAAAAUAUGCAACUCAAUCACAUGCCCAAGCGAAAAUUGAACUUUUGUUCGAAGGAGAAGGAUGCCAAAAGCAAGAAAAUCCUGGGUUUGGCGGCACUUUGAAGCUGAAAGUAAAAAUGUUGCAAAGUGCAAGCAUGCAAAAGAGAAAUUCAAUGAGCAGCUUAUGGAACAACUGCGAUGGCUAA